GUUGUAUACUUGAAUUCCUCUUUAAAGUUCAAAUGGUUACUUAUCUUUCUUGCUGUGGGGGGAGGUGGAAACUGUUCCCUGGCUUUCACCUUUCUAUGAGUGAUGAGGUGGCUUUUAGAGUUAAUUUUGUGUUGAUGACGAUGCUUAUUGUAUACAAGGUGCAACACGUCUAUUACCCAGGUUUGCCUAGUCAUCCUGAGCAUCACAUUGCCAAGCAGCAAAUGACUGGCUUUGGUGGUGUUGUCAGUUUUGAGAUUGAUGGAGAUUUGAUGGCCACUAUAAAUUCUGUUGAUGCAUUGAAGAUCCCAUAUAUUGCUUCAUCCUUUGGUGGCUAUGAGAGCAUUGUUGAUCAGCCAGCUAUCAUUGAUCUUAGUCAAUCGGAGAGGAUGAAGUAUGGGAUUAAGGAUAACUUGGUUCGAUUCAGCUUUGGGGUUGAGGAUUUCAAAGAUUUGAAGGCUGAUGUGUUCCAGGCCCUCGAGACCAAAUGAAUGGCUUGUUAAACCAGACUUUUGUUUUCUUCCCUUUUUAGGUCCUAGCUGUAGCUUUGAUUGCUCUCUAGUCCGUUGUUGCUUGCUUAGCUUCAAUUGGAAUUGCUUGCUUGGUUGAAUUGGAAUUGCUAUAUGAAAUUUUCGCUUUCUGUGGGUGUUGGUCAUUACUUCAUUCUGUAAUGAAUUUGAGAGGUAUAUAGAAAAUGAACUUAUCAUGUUUGCUUAAUUUAUUUUGUUUAAUUUAUUUGGUAUAAAUUUUAAUUUUAUUG